AUGACGGCAGAUCAGCAGAAAACGGAAGAAAUUGUGAUAAGAUGUGAGUUUAAUUUAAACUAGCUAAAUGAAUUGUUUUUCUUUCUUCAGUGGUCGAUGGCCUGUUUUCUCAAAUUUUGACAAAAGCACCGCCUUCAAAUAUUGUUGAAUUAUGGAAAGAACAUGUAGAAAUCCGAAGGGUCCUUGACUCAAUUAAUGAAGAAUUAUCGAAAUUAAGCGAUACAAAUCAGAAAUUGAAAGAUGGUUCGAGAAAUGCAGAUAAGAUUCUGGAAUUUUUGAAAUGGGCUGAUCAAAUUGGAAUUGCUAGAAAUAAUGUGGAAGUUGUUGAUAGUUUUAAGACUGGUUUGGAAUUAAAAGCGACUGGAACAAUUCCAAAAGGACAUAUUAUUGCAAAAGUUCCGAGACAUGCGAUGAUUAGUUUGGAUUUGGCGAGAAAAUCAUCGAUUUUGAAGUGAGUUGGGAAAUGUGGAAGAUUGUCAGGGAGGGAAAAUCGAAUUCAUUUGACAAGUUUAAAAAAAAUUCAGAAAUUAUUUUUUGAGCUAAAAAAAUCUACAGUUUCAUAUAUAAUUUAAAUAUUUUUUUUCAGAAAAGCAUUCGAGCGUGAUCCAAUUGUAGGAAACAUGGGAAAUGUUGGUCUUGCUCUUUUCGUCGCCGCACAAUGGAUCAAUCAAGAAAAAUCGAAAUGGCAUCCAUAUAUUUCAGUUCUCCCAACACAUUUCACGACUCCAAUUUUCUAUUCUGAACAACAACUUUUGAAUUUGAAACCAUCACCGAUUUUCGAAGAAUCUCUUCUAUUUUAUCGAACAAUUGCUAGACAAUUUGCAUAUUUUUUCAUUUCGAUCACUCAAAAUCGAGUUUACGAACACUCACAGAAAAACGCGAAAAAAGGAGAUCGACCGGUCGAACCGCCAGUAUUAUAUAAUACACCAUUCACAAUCACUAAUUUCACACCAAAUUUAUACAUGUGGUCUGUUGGAGUUGUAACAACUCGUGUGAACAUGGUGCCAAGUGAAAUUGAACAAACUAGAGAUGGACAAGUUUUAAUGGUGGGUAUUUAAAAAUUAUUUCAAAAUGAAAUAUUUUGCAGAUGCCCGCUUUAAUACCAGUUUUGGACAUGGCAAAUCAUGAAAAUGUAACUGAUCAAGAUGAUGAAAAUAUUGAAGAUUUGGUGUGUUUUUCGUCGGAAGAAAAUGUUGCUCUGAUAACUUCACAUAGUGAAUUGCAUUCUGGCGAUUCGGCCACAAUUUUUUAUGGUCGACGAAGUGGCGGAGAACAUUUAUUGCAUAAUGGAUUUGUGCCAACUCAUGAGAAUGGUUUCGAUAUUUUUAAAUUGAAGAUUGGAAUUCCGAAAACUGACAAAGAUUUGGAGGCGAAACGGAAGUUGGUCAAACAAUUGAUACCUGAAGCUUAUUCGCCAACUAAUGUUUUUCAGUUUGAUUUAGUUAAUGUAAGUUGGGAAUAUCUUUGAAAAGUGGAAAGUAAAAUAUGUUCGCCACGUGGAUUUUUUGCUCAAAAAUUAUAAAAAAUCUUGCCACUUUGAUUUUAUAAAUUUAAUAUUUUAAAAAAAUUUUGGAGAACAAAUACGUUUCAAACUUUGUAAAAUCCAAAUUCAGACUUUUUUUCAAAUUUUUGAGAAAUUCUUUUUUUACUUUCUAAGAAAAUUAUUAUUUUCAAGGCUUUGAAAUUUCGAAAAUUCAGAUUUUCUCCAAAAUUCUCUAAAUAUUUCAGUUCCCAAAACAACCAUUUGCCGAAGAAUUGCUCAUUUUCUCCGCAAUUUUCGUCACUUCUUCACCAACCAAAGAAAACGUCGAAACCCCCGAAUCCCGUCAAAAAGCUAUCGAAUUUCUCAAAAAUCGCAUAAUUCUGUUGGAAAAAUCGUACGGAAAGGGAAUCGAUCGAAGUCUUUUGUCACAAAUUGGAGAAGAUGGUGAUGCUGCCCGACUCAAAACUGCUGAAAUUCAUAUUUUACAAUUGGCAAGAGUGCAUUGCGAAGUUCUUGAGAAAUCUCGUUUAAUCGCUUGA